AUGAAUGGUGGUUUGGAGAUCGUUAUUAAUAUGUUGAAUUCAUCGGCGGAUGUUGUUAUGGGAAAGAGCUUGCCAAGCAAUCGGGUUACUCAUUGUGCCUAUCGUAUGCUUGUGGACUUGGGUGUUAUAGAUGUUCUCACGGAGAUGCUUCGAGUUAGAGACGCCGCCGCAAAACUCUUGGCGGGCAAUUCUUUUGAUCCCGAGCUUAUUCAAGGACCCGAACCACUCGGUCAUGAGAUUGCGGAGUAUGUUUUCUGUGUUUUAGCUGUUGCAAAGGCGAAUGCAGUUUCAAUAGCUCAAAACUUGGUGAGAAUCCUUAGGAAAAGGCAUUGGUUACAAGCACUUGGUGUCUGUCGUUCAAAACUCGGGUGCAACCGUGCAAUCCCCCCUCUGGUCGAGCUUUUGGGAUCUCAGAGCAAUGAAAAUUGUUGCAUUACAUUCAGAGGAGCUGAGAAUGCUGCAGAGGCUCUUAUCAAUUUCUUUGAAGAUCCACUGCAGCAUGAGAUUAUAUCUCAAGUAGCUGACCAUCUUUCAUUUAGAAGUACGGAGAACAGACUCGGUAGGAUUCGUACCGAUAAUCGGAGAGUUGAUUCUACAAAAAGAAUGAAUAUCGGUCGAGAAGCUUAUUCAAGUAAAUAG